GAAGUGAGCCGGGGCUGGAGCGAUGGCCCCGGUCUGGACCCCGCGGCCUCCGCCGCCGCCGCCACCUGCUUGUCGGGAGCUGGCGCGGCCGGAACCGGAGCGGGAACCGGAGUCGCGGCUGACGUGGGGGCGGUGCGUGUGAGUUGCCACGAGUCGCCGGUGGCGGAACACCUGAGAGUCCUUGCGGCAGGAGUGGCCCUCAGCACCGCGCCCCACGACCCUCAGGGCUGGGGUCCCCGCCAUCACAGAACUGACUCCCUUCGGGGCUGGGCCCUCCUAGCCUGGCGCUCACACUCAGAGAGCGCGGCGGUCCCCGCACACCCCAAGCCGGCAUCCCAGGCAGGAGUCAGGGGUCGUGGCUGCCGGGAGCCCUUGCUGCAUCCACCUGUCAGAUCGGGAAGGAACUAUCGAGUUCCCAGCGUCUUGCGCUGCUCCGCUUCAAGAACAAGUUUCUUUCCCCUCUCCGUUGGAAAGCUUGUCCCGCGUCUCCAGAAGUCAUCAGCCCUUGUGUUCCUCGUUAGCUCCGUGGGGACACUUAGACCCCGUGUCGGGGCCGAGAAUCUCACGUUCUUGACUUGGCUUUUUAUCCCCUUUGGGAGAUAAAGAUUGCCUCCCGACGCCCCCUUUGCGCGUAGCUGACACCGCAUGCCUAGGACCUUAUCCACUUGAGUCACAAGCUCCAGGGUUGCUUGUAUGUGAUCCCACCCGUCGCAGCCCCCCACUCCGACCCUCAAAUCCGAGCUCCCAGUUUGCUCUGGGCUCCAGUCUCCAGCCCCCAGCGGUUCUAGUCAGUCCCACCCCCAGGGUGGGAGUGACCAGGGGGCUCUGGCCCGGGAUUCCCCACCCUGGAAGGCAACUGCAAGACAGCCAGGGAAUUGGGCGUCGGGUACGAACCUGGCGGCUCAGGAGUGGCGGCCCCACUCACCCCGCACAAGAAAAUGAAGAAACGCAGAGAGCUCAAUGCCUUGAUCGGCUUGGCUGGGGACAGCCGCCGAAAGAAAUCCAAGAAAGGCUCGAGCAGCCACCGACUGCUUCGCACGGAGCCCCCUGACUCGGACACAGAGUCCAGCUCCGAGGAGGAAGAGGAGUUUGGUGUGGCUGGAAAUCGCUCGCGCUUUGUCAAGGGAGACUAUUUACGAUGCUGCAAGAUCUGUUACCCACUCUGUGCUUUUGUCAUCCUCGCUGCCUGUGUCAUGGCCUGCGUUGGCUUGGUGUGGAUGCAGGUUGCUCUCAAGGAGGACCUGGAUGCCCUCAAGGAAAAAUUCAGGACAAUGGAAUCUAAUCAGAAAAACUCAUUUCAAGAAAUCCCCAAACUCAAUGAAGACCUACUCACCAAGCAAAAGCAACUUGAAAAGAUUGAAUCUGGAGAGCUGGGCAUAAGCAAAAUCUGGAUAAACAUCACGGAAAUGAAUAAGCAGAUUUCUCUGUUGACUUCUGCAGUAAACCACCUUAAAGCCAAUGUUAAGUCAGCUGCAGACUUGAUUAGCCUGCCUGCCACUGUGGAGGGACUUCAGAAGAGUGUAGCUUCCAUUGGCAAUACAUUAAAUAGCGUCCGUCUUGCUGUGGAAGCAAUGCAGAAGACUGUGGAUGAGCAAAAGGAAACCAUGGAGUUACUGCAGAAUAACAUGAACCAACACUUCUCAAAGGAGACCAGUGGGGGCAACCAGAUUAUGUCAUCACCUUCAGUUACAUCAGAACUGGACAAUAAGACCCAGAGUGAGAAUCUGAAACAGGAUAUCCUGUACCUUCACAACUCUUUAGAGGAGGUAAACAGUGUCCUGGUGGGGUACCAGAGACAGAAUGAUCUUAAACUCGAAGGGAUGAAAGAGACAGUCAGUAAUCUUACCCAGAGAGUGAACCUGAUAGAAAGCGAUGUUGCUAUGAGCAAGGUAGAAAGGAGAACGAACCUGUCCUUCAGCACGAUGGAUGAUAGAGCUGCCACUCUGAAAAGAGAAUCUUUUGAUCAAGUGACCAACAGAACAGAACCAUUAGAAACCCAAAACAAAAAGAAAGAAGAUAACUCAAAUUCUCAGGUAUCCAAGCUAAAGGAGAAACUGCAGCUGAUUAGUGCCCUCGCAAACAAACCUGAGAGCAACAGGCCUCCAGAGAACACUGAGGAAGAGCAAAUUCAGAAUUCCACAUCAAAGUCAUCAGCAUUGCCAAAAUCUUCACAGUCUUCAGGAGACCGAAUUGAGAAAGCUGCCCAACCAAGAUCUGUCUUCCUGCCAGGAGUUUCUAGCGUUGAAGAUCUUCAAGAUUUAUUCCACAAGAUUGGCCAGGAUGAGGAUGGGAAGCUGACCUACCAGGAAAUAGCCCAGGCCCUGGGUUCUGCCACACCAGAACCAGAGUCCUUGAGAACGCUGGACUCUGAUGGAGAUGGGAGAUACUCAUUUCUGGAGCUAACAGCGGCUGUAGAUGUCUAGCCUCAAAAUGGAGAUACACCCUGGACUACCGAAAGUCUGUUUACCUAACAGAAAUAACCCUUUGACUUAUCCAUCACUCCUCCAGACUACUGUAGCAGACACUUUGCCUCCUUUUAACUUGUUUGAAGAAGCUAUAUAAAAGUUAUUUUUUUAAAAAAGAGACCAUUUUACUUAUACAAUGAUGUUAAGAACUCUAUGAUUUCCUGAAGCCAGUGAGAUCUUACAUUUUUAGAUUUCCAGAAAAAAGAAAUAAAACCCUAAUUUUUUCUCUUUACUUUUUGAAACUGGGAAAUGUAUAUAGAGAGAGUAAGCCACCUUUUUUAUAUUUCACAUAAAUUUGCCUUAAAUUAGCUGCACUUUAUAGGAACUCAGAAAAGGUCUUUCUUUUAAAAGUUAGGCCUUUUGUGUUUGUUAAAUAUUUAAAGCGGAAGGAAGAAUUGUGCAUAUUUUGUGCAAAGUAGAAAGAAUGACUUUGAGCAAAUGAUUUGGUGAUUAAAGAUUGCUUAUCUCCUCUGGGUAGCAGCUGAGGCUGUAUCCAAGUCUCCUUAAAGCACCCCGUGGUGCUGCAUGGAGCUGACAGCCAGGGAGUGGAAUCAGGGAGUGGACAGUGGGAACAGUGCUGGCUCCAGGCUCAGGAAAGAAGGAUUCUGAUUUCUUUGUUCCCUCAGCUAAUCCCAACUUGGAAACCAGAAAACUCUUGGAACUGAGAAGAGUUCUUAUGUUUAAUCCUAUCUUAGAUUUAUAAACCUAAGAAGUUACUCAGUGGGAAUUGGCUGAUUCCCCCAGGAUGAACUGGAUUGUAUUCCUCCAGCUACCCACUGCAGUGUGUUGAGAGUUCCCCGUUCCAUUCGGAAUGGCAACACUGAAGUCCCCUGGCCACUGACAGAGAAUGGCCACCCAGAGCUUGAGAAGAUAGAUAUGCCUUUCGUUUGGACAAGGAAACUACAUACCCCUCCAGAGUUUUACUGAGAGCUAAGCAAGAAACUGAUGUAUUUCUCUGUAGGAUGGCUAAAGCCAAAACGGUUGUGAAAUGAAACGUGUGAAAUUAUAUUCCAUUUCCUUAAAAUUAUCAGCUCAGAAGUAGCUAGAGGCUUUCUGUCUGGAGGAUGCCCACAGCAGGAACCUUCACAUGAUGGUAGCAAGUCCUUUUCAAAUCUAAUCCCAGCAAGCAUGAUGCUUCGCCCUUUAAAUACUUCUGUGGACCUGGCACAGAGGUCUCUGGACCCACAGGAAUACUACUCCCAUGUCAUCUGCAUGUUGCAUCUGGAUUUUUUGGGUUCUAAAAGCAAUUUAGAGGCAACACAAAAAAGGGGAAAACAAACUGAAACUGUCCAUAUUGCUAUCAGCCAACUGAUGGAGAAAAAUAGGGAAGCUUUCAUGGCACCAAAUUUUUCAGUAGAGAUGGAUUCUACUGUCACUGUCCAAGUUGCUGUAUCAGCCUUGUAGGCAAAACUAGUCCCCUUGAGCUUUAAGGGCUGGGUUUUGGUUUUGGUUUUUUAGUGUUCAGCUUGGUGUUGGCCAACCAUACAUUUUUUUUUUUCUAAAGGUGUUAAAAUCAAAUCUAGCUACAACAAAGUGAAGUCUUUCCUGCAGACAUGUCUCGCUUUUCUCAUGGCAUAGACAUCUCCUUUUUCUUUGUUUCCCAAUUUCUUUUUUCCUUAACAUUUCCCUUGCCUAUUUGCGCUAUUUCACUUUCUCAGAAGGGUUGAAAUAUAAUAUAAAAUUAUCCUGGCACUUUAGGUAACUUGAAGAUAAUUCGUAUUCUUCUGGCUGCCUUCUCUUAGUCCCUCCCAUUUUUAAUAUAUACACCUUUACCUAUUUUGUAACAACCAAAUAAAAUUCUAGCAAUAAAUUAUACUUCUGUAUUUGUAUAUACUGUACCAUAAAUAGUAUGUCUGUACCUGGAAAGGUUUUUUUUUUUUUUUGAGAACUGAUUUAUAUGAAAUAUACUGAGGGUAAUGUAGCUUGUCUUUUUUUAGUUUCAAAUUCUUAUUCACUGGCAGAUACAUUCGGGACCCCUUAACUCUUUCUUGUAUGUGCAUUUCUUUUGUAUCACAACACAGUGUAAGUGGAGAAGUCCAUUUUGUUUUUUAGUUUAUCUUCUGUCCUUCACACUGCCAGCAUGGUGACCAGCCUCAUCCCUGAGCCAGUGUGUGGGACCAUCCCUGUCCCACGCCUGGCAGAGCAAGGGACUGGUGCUGCUGUCUCAACCUCAUCAGUCCCCUGUGCUCUACUGCUGCCUAAGGAGCUGCCUCAUCUCCCAGGCAGAAGGCUGGGUUCUGACUCUGUUACUCUAAGUUGAAGCUCACCAGCCCGAGCCAGAGAACCCAUAAGCCUAUUGCAUGUUAAUUUGGGGGUUCUGUUCAUAUGCUGUCUUCCCUUGGCCUGUGAUGUACUUUGAGGUAUAGACAAACCAGCUAUGCCACAGUUCAGCUGUGAUGGGAAGCUUGGGGAAUGGCAAGUUGGGUUUCAGUUUUGAUUUUGCUUUUUAAUCCAUCCACCUCUUCCAACUGUCAAUCCCCUUCCUUUUGUCCUAAGUUACCCACAUCACUGCUUGCUGGUCCUGUUUCCUUUGUGCCUUGUACUAUUUGCUAUACUGUGUAUGCAAAGAGCCUCCCCAUCAAUCCCAGAGGCAAAAAAAGGUCACGUAGAGAGAACCACCAAAAGCCUGCUUUGGAAAUGACUCCGGUGUCAUCCAAAGGGCACAGAGGUGCCAGGCAAGCAGGGAUGUGUUUAAUGCAGCCAAGUGGAAGAGGUUGGCUUCAUCUGCUGCUGGCCGUUUGCCCUUCCAUCUGAGUUCCUUCCUUUACAGUUGCUGGACAGAACGUCUAGCUCCUUACCAUGCUGCACCCACUGAUCACAGUUGAGGGCUCCUACACAUAAUGGCCUGUUGUUUUCAGUGACAGUUUGUUUGCUACACACCUCAUUGGCUUGCUUACCAUCAUCAUCUAGAUAUGGUCUCUUCUUUCAUAUCCAAGGCAGAACACAUUUGGGUAUCCCGGAGACUUUGUAGAGCGUGGAUUGUUUCUUAUAUGAACCUAACCUACCUUGUUAUUUUCUCAUAUUAAGAAAUGUAAGUCUACUUUGUUUUCAAUGGGGGCUGUUUUGGUAAUGUGUCUGUAAUUUUGGUUGUUUAGGAAGUAAAUUCAAGGUUUCCAUGAUUUGAUUUGAGCUUUACUUAUUUUGAACCAGUAGUUCAUCCAUUUUAAUUUAUCUAAAUAAAGCAUUUCUUUUUU